AUGGACGACAUGCGGGUGCAGUGGAUGCGGGACCGCGUGUUCGCCGCCUUUGGGCUCAGCGACCCCGGCCUCUUCGAGGAGCUGCUGAGCCGCGACGACGGCGAGGUGGAGGACCUGGUCCUGCACUUCCUCAACCGCGGCACGGAGGAGGAGGAGGCCGCCGCGCUCUUCUUCCAGUGCUUGACGCGCAUGGAGGAGGUGGAGGUGGAGGUGGAGAUCGCUAAGAAUAUUCUGCGGGGAACUUCCAUGACCCCAUCACUUAUCGGCGAGGGCAGCGAUGACCUGAACAGAGACUUGCCAGAAAGUGCUCCUGCCAAGCGGAUAGAGAAGCGCAUGGUGGAGAAGCCUUACCUCCGGGUGUUGUGCCCUCCAGUCCCCGAGGAGUGCCUGGACUACAACCUGGUGUUUUUUCUCAGAAACACAACAGAGACAGUCAACGAGCCGAGCGACAUGAAGGAGGCUGUGGAGGUUCUGCCCGAGGCGCUGGAGUUCGGGCUCCUCAGCGGUCACGUGCUACGCUCCCUGAAGGACACUGUGUGUCAGGUGUUCCUGCCAGCACUGUCCUUUAACCAGCACAAGGGGGAGAUGUCGGCCCACCUGACGGGGUCGUCCACCGAAAUCCCUGAGUUGUCGGAGCAGGAGGCAGACCUGCCCAGCCUGCGGGGGGACACCAUGGAGUACCACAGUGCACAGCUGAUACGGGAUGAGUUUCUGAUGAACAUCCAGAAGUUUGCCAGCAACAUUCAAAGGACCCUGCAGCAGCUUGAAGGUGAGAUCAAGUUAGAAAUGCCAACCAUCAGCCUGGAGGGGGACGUGUCAGAGCUGGCAGCUGACUCCAACACGGUGGAGGCCUUGGAGCAGUGUGUGAUGAACUGGCUGAGUCAGAUCUCCACUGCCCUGGAGGGCCAGCUCAAGAAGACCCCCCAGGGCAAUGGCCCCUUGGCCGAAAUUGAAUUCUGGCGGGAGCGGAACGCCACGCUGAGUGCACUCCAUGAGCAAACCAAGCUGCCAGUGGUGAGGAAAGUCCUGGACGUGCUGAAAGGGGCAGACUCCAUGCUGCUGUCCAACGUGCAGCCCAUGCUCACCGAGCUCUUCAAGUUCCACAUGGAGGCCUCGGACAACGUGCGCUUCCUGUCCACCGUGGAGCGCCACUUCAAGAACAUCACCCACGGGUCCAAUUUCAGUGUGGUGCUGGACACCAUCCCGUCCAUGGUGAGUGCCCUGCGCAUGGUGUGGAUCAUCUCGCGACACUACAACAAGGACGAGAGGAUGAUCCCGCUCAUGGAGCGCAUCGCCUGGGAGCUGGCCGAGCGCGUCUGCAGAGUGGUCAACCUGCGCACGCUCUUCAAGGAGAACCGGGCGAGCGCACAGCAGAAGACCCUGGAUGCCAAAAAGACCCUCACCCUGUGGAAGAAGUCCUACUUCGAUAUCCGGGCCAAGAUUGAGGCCUCGGGCCGGGAGGCGCGCUGGGAGUUCGACCGCAAGCGGCUGUUCGAGAGGACAGACUACAUGGCUUCGAUCUGCCAGGACCUUUAUGACAUUCUGCAGGUUUUAGAGGAAUUUUACAACAUAUUUGGUCCAGAACUAAAGGCCGUGACGGGGGACCCUAAACGCAUAGAUGAUGUCCUGGGCAGAGUGGACAGCCUGGUGACCCCCAUGGAAAACCUGACCUUUGACCCCUUCAGCAUCAGGUCUUCCCAGUACUGGAAAUAUGUGAUGGAGGAGUUCAAGAUUGAAGUUCUGGUGAAGCAGAAGUACCUGAUGGUGGGCAGAACAAUGAAGGAAUACGAAGACCGGAAAUACGAGCAGUGGAAGGAAGCCACAGAGCAGACCCUCCCGAGUCUCAUGAAGAAGAGCCUUCUCACCAAGGUCGGCUGUCCCUUACUUUUGACGGAGGAGUCCUCGGGCCUGGGCACAGAGAAGGGGGCUGUGUUUGUCAUCAACUUCUCUCCUGCCCUCAAAGAGAUCAUCAAUGAGACCAAAUACAUGGAGCAGCUGGGCUUCAGCAUCCCCGAGCUGGCCCGCAACGUGGCGCUCCAGGAAGACAAGUUACUCAGGUACACGGAUGGGAUACAGCGCAUGCUGGACCACUACCACAUGCUCAUUGGCACGCUGAAUGACGCCGAGAUGCUCCUCCUGGCUGAUCACUCCCAGGAGCUCAUCCGCGUGUUUCGCUCUGGACACAAGAGGCUCAACUGGAACUCACUAGGUAUCGCUGACUACAUAACUCGGUGCAAGCAGGCCAUUGGGAAGUUUGAGUCUCUUGUCCAUCAGAUUCACAAGAAUGCAGAAGACAUUUCUUCCCGGCUCAUGCUGAUCGAGGCCAUAAAUCUCUUCAAGUACCCCAUGCCGAAGAGCGAGGAGGAGCUCCCCAGCGUGAAGGAGUUCUUCGAGCACAUUGAGCGGGAAAGGGCCAAAGAUGUGGAGCACAUGGUCAGGUGGUAUCUGGCCAUCGGGCCUCUGCUCACCAAGGUGGAAGGCCUGGUCAUCCACACCAACACGGGCAGGGCGUCCAAGCUAGCGCCCUACUAUGAGUACUGGGAGGGCAAGAUCUACGAUGUCCUCACGAAGCUCAUCCUCAAGAAUCUCCAGUCCUUCAACUGCCAGGUCCUCGGACACACCCCUCUGUUCCAAGCGGAGACCAUCCUGACGGCUCCCGAGAUCAUUCUGCACCCCAAUGCCAGCGAGAUUGACAAGAUGAGCGUCCACUGCACGCGCAGCUGUGUGGAGGUGACCAAGCAUUUUGUGCGGUGGAUGAACGGCAGCUGCAUCGAGUGUCCCCCACAAAAGGGGGAAGAGGAGGAAGUGGUGAUCGUGAGCUUCUACCAGGAGAUUUCCCAGAACCCUCAGAUCAUCGACCAGGCCGUCAUGAUCCCCCAGAACAUCCACAGGCUGCUGAUCAACCUCAUGAAGUACCUGCAGCGGUGGAAGCGGUACCGGCCCCUGUGGAAGCUGGACAAGGCCAUCGUCAUGGAGAAGUUUGCCGCUAAGAAGCCUUCGUGCUCAGCCUACGACCAGAAGCUGCAGUUCUACUCUCGGGUGGCGCAGGAUGUGAUAAGCCACCCGCUCCUGAGGGACGAGCACUGCAUCCGCCUGCAGCUGGGGCCCCUGGCACACACCGUGCAGGACAACGCCAAGUCCUGGGUCACGUCGCUGGGCAAGCUCCUCAACGAUUCGGCCAGGGAGGAGCUCUACAGCCUCCAGGAGGAGAUAGAGCUACUGGCCAAAAACCUUAAAAAGAGCCCCAGUACUCUGGAAGACCUCAAGUUCGUUCUUGCAACAAUUGCAGAAAUUAGAAAUAAAUCUUUAAUCAUGGAACUCAGGUACAAGGAUGUCCAGGAGCGCUACCGGACCAUGGCGAUAUAUAAGAUCUAUCCUACCAACUCAGAGAAGGAGCUGGUGGAUAAGAUCGAGAGCAUGUGGCUGAAUCUUUUUAAUGACUCCCUGAAUGUGGAGCAUGCGCUCGGAGGCAUAAAGCGGACUUUCACCGAGAUCACUCGCGGUGAAAUCAUGAACUACAGAUCUCAGCUUGAGGCGUUUGCUCAACGCUUUUACAAGGAAGGCCCUGGGUCUGUGGGCGAAGACCUUGAUAAAGGAGCCGAGCUUUUAGGCACUUUUGAAAAAGAGCUGGUGAAAUUUGAGAAGAACCGCCAGGAGCUGGCCAAUGCUGAGAAGCUCUUUGACCUCCCCAUUACGAUGUACCCAGAGCUCCUGAAAGUGCAGAAGGAGAUGAGCGGCCUGCGGCUGAUCUACGACAUCUACAGGGACUUAAAGGCUGCAAAGGAAGAAUGGUCCCAGACGCUGUGGGCCAACCUGAACGUGCAGUUCCUCCAGGAUGGGAUCGACGGCUUCUUGAAGACCCUCCGCAAGCUGCCGCGGCCCGUGCGCAGCCUGUCUGUGGCCUUCCACCUGGAAGCCAGGAUGAAGGCGUUCAAAGAGUCCAUCCCCUUACUCCUUGACCUGAAGCACGAGGCACUGAGAGACAGACACUGGAAGGAGCUCAUGGAGAAGACGGGCGUCUUCUUUGAGAUGACAGAGACGUUCACUCUGGAGAACAUGUUUGCCAUGGAGCUGCACAAGCACUCUGAUGUCCUCAAUGGGAUUGUCACGGCUGCCGUGAAGGAGGUCGCCAUCGAGAAGGCGGUGAAGGAGAUCCUAGACACGUGGGAGAACAUGAAGUUCACCGUGGUCAAAUAUUACAAGGGGGUGCAGGAGCGUGGCUACAUCUUGGGUUCAGUGGAUGAAAUCAUCCAGAGCCUUGACGACAACACUGUCAACCUGCAGAGCAUCUCAGGGAGCAGAUUUGUGGGGCCCUUCCUGCAGACUGUUCACAAGUGGGAGAAGACACUGUCGCUCAUAGGGGAGGUCAUCGAGCUCUGGAUGCUGGUUCAGAGGAAGUGGAUGUACCUCGAGAGCAUCUUCAUUGGUGGAGACAUAAGAUCACAACUUCCUGAAGAAGCAAAAAAGUUUGACAACAUCGACAGAGUGUUUAAAAGGAUCAUGAGCGAGACCCUGAAGGACCCCGUGAUCAAGCGGUGCUGCGAGGCCCCGAACCGUCUCAGCGACCUGGAGAACAUCAGUGAUGGCCUGGAGAAGUGCCAGAAGAGCCUCAACGACUACCUGGACUCCAAGCGGAAUGCCUUCCCCAGGUUCUUCUUCAUCUCUGAUGACGAGCUGCUGAGCAUCCUGGGCAACAGCGACCCGCUGUGUGUGCAGGAGCACAUGAUCAAGAUGUACGACAACAUUGCCCUGCUGAAAUUCAACGACGGGGAGAGUGGGGAGAAGCUGGUGCUGGGCAUGAUCUCCGCCGAAGGGGAAGUCAUGGACUUCCGGAAGAUCAUCCGGGCCGAGGGCCGCGUGGAGGACUGGAUGACGGCCGUGCUCGUGGAGAUGAGGAGGACCAACCGCCUCAUCACCAAGGAGGCCAUCUUCCGCUACUGUGAGGACCGCAGCCGAGUCGACUGGAUGCUGCUGUACCAGGGCAUGGUGGUGCUGGCCGCCAGCCAGGUGUGGUGGACGUGGGAGGUGGAGGACGUGUUCCACAAGGUGCAGAAAGGAGACAAGCAGGCCAUGAAGACCUAUGGCAAGAAGAUGCACCAGCAGAUCGACGAGCUGGUCACCAGGAUCACGCUGCCCCUGAGCAGGAAUGACCGGAAGAAGUACAACACUGUGCUGAUCAUCGAUGUGCAUGCCAGGGACAUCGUGGACUCCUUCAUAAGGGGCAGCAUCCUCGAGGCGCAGGAGUUCGAGUGGGAGAGCCAGCUGCGCUUCUACUGGGACCGGGAGCCAGACGAGCUGAACAUCCGCCAGUGCACCGGCACCUUCGGCUACGGCUAUGAGUACAUGGGCCUCAACGGACGCCUGGUCAUCACGCCGCUCACCGACCGCAUCUACCUGACGCUCACGCAGGCCCUGUCCAUGUACCUGGGAGGGGCCCCUGCUGGCCCUGCAGGGACUGGAAAGACAGAGACCACCAAAGACCUGGCGAAAGCCCUGGGCUUGCUGUGUGUUGUCACCAACUGUGGUGAAGGCAUGGAUUACAAGGCGGUGGGGAAGAUCUUCUCUGGCCUGGCCCAGUGUGGGGCAUGGGGCUGCUUCGACGAGUUCAACCGGAUCGACGCCUCGGUGCUGUCCGUCAUCUCCUCCCAGAUCCAGACCAUCCGGAACGCGCUCAUCCACCAGCUUACCACCUUCCAGUUUGAAGGGCAGGAGAUCUCCCUGGACUCGCGCAUGGGCAUCUUCAUCACCAUGAACCCCGGCUACGCGGGCCGCACAGAGCUGCCCGAGUCGGUGAAGGCGCUCUUCCGGCCCGUGGUGGUCAUCGUGCCUGACCUGCAGCAGAUCUGUGAGAUCAUGCUCUUCUCCGAGGGCUUCCUGUGGGCCAAGACGCUGGCCAAGAAGAUGACGGUGCUGUACAAGCUGGCCCGGGAGCAGCUGUCCAAACAGCACCAUUACGACUUCGGGCUCCGCGCCCUCAAGUCCGUGCUGGUGAUGGCCGGCGAGCUGAAGAGGGGCUCCGCCGACCUGCAAGAGGACGUGGUGCUCAUGCGAGCCCUGCGGGACAUGAACCUGCCCAAGUUUGUAUUUGAGGACGUGCCUCUGUUCCUCGGCUUGAUCUCCGACCUGUUUCCGGGCCUGGACUGUCCUCGUGUGCGCUACCCUGAUUUCAACGACGCUGUGGAGCAGGUGCUGGAGGACAGCGGCUACAUACUCCUGCCAGUCCAGGUGGAUAAAGUGGUCCAGAUGUUCGAGACCAUGCUUACCCGCCACACUACGAUGGUGGUGGGGCCCACGGGAGGUGGCAAGUCCGUGGUCAUUAACGCCCUGUGUCAGGCCCAGACUAAGCUUGGGCUGAUGACGAAGCUGUACAUCCUGAACCCCAAGGCUGUAAGCGUCAUCGAGCUCUAUGGCAUCCUGGACCCCACCACCCGAGACUGGACAGACGGGGUGUUGUCAAACAUCUUCCGAGAGAUCAACAAGCCGACAGAUAAGAAGGAGCGCAAGUACAUCUUGUUUGAUGGGGACGUGGACGCUCUGUGGGUAGAGAACAUGAACUCUGUGAUGGACGACAACAAGCUGCUGACCCUGGCCAACGGGGAGCGCAUCCGGCUCCAGGCGCACUGCGCGCUGCUCUUUGAGGUCGGAGACCUGCAGUAUGCCUCCCCAGCAACCGUGUCUCGGUGCGGAAUGGUUUAUGUGGAUCCUAAAAACUUGAAAUAUCAACCUUACUGGCAGAAAUGGGUCCAACAAAUACAAAACAAGGCAGAGCAAAGAGAUUUGAACAACCUGUUUGAGAAGUAUGUGCCCUACCUCAUGGACGCCAUCCUGGAGGGCUUCGUGGAUGGGAGGCAGGGCGAGAAGCUAAAGACCAUUGUCCCACAGACGGACCUGAACAUGGUCACCCAGUUAACAAAGAUGCUGGACUCACUGCUCGAGGGGGAAAUCGAGGACCCAGACCUGACCGAGUGCUUCUUUCUGGAGGCUCUGUGCUGCUCGCUGGGCGCCUCGCUGCUGGAGGACGGGCGGCUAAAAUUUGAUGAAUGUAUCAAACGCCUCGCAUCCCUGCCCACCGCUGAAGCCGACGGGGUUUGGGCCAAGCCUGGGGAGCUGCCAGGCCACCUUCCGACUUUGUACGACUUCCACUUUGAUUCCAAGAAGAACUGCUGGAUCCCAUGGAAUAAGCUCGUCCCUGAGUAUAUUCACGACCACCAGAGGAAAUUUGUGGACAUCCUGGUUCACACAGUGGACACAACCCGCACCACUUGGAUGCUGGAGCAAAUGGUUAAAAUUAAGCAGCCCAUUCUUUUUGUUGGUGAAUCUGGCACUUCUAAGACAGCCACCACCCAGAACUUCCUCAAUGGUCUGAACGAAGACACUAAUAUCGUGCUGAUUGUCAACUUCUCCUCACGCACCACGUCCCUAGACAUCCAGAGAAACCUAGAAGCAAAUGUGGAAAAGCGAACCAAAGACACUUAUGGCCCGCCCAUGGGCAAGCGCCUCCUGGUGUUCAUGGAUGAUAUGAAUAUGCCAAAGGUGGACGAGUACGGCACGCAGCAGCCCAUCGCGCUGCUGAAGUUGCUGCUGGAGAAAGGCUUCCUGUACGACCGUGGGAAGGAGCUGAACUGCAAGAGCAUCCGAGACCUGGGCUUUGUGGCCGCCAUGGGCAAGGCUGGGGGCGGCCGCAACGAGGUGGACCCGAGGUUCAUCUCGCUGUUCAACGUCUUCAACGUGCCCUUCCCUUCCGAGGAGUCUCUGCACUUAAUCUACUCCUCCAUCCUGACUGGCCACACCUCGAACUUUCACGAGAGCAUCGCAGCUGUGAGCCGCAAGCUGACCUCCUGCACGCUGGCUCUUUACAAAGUCAUUGUUCAGGAUCUGCCUCCCACUCCCUCCAAGUUCCAUUACAUCUUCAACCUUCGAGAUCUCUCCCGGGUUUUCAAUGGUCUUGUCCUCACUCACCCGGAGCGAUUCCUGAUUGUGGCCCAGAUGGUGAGGGUUUGGAGGAAUGAGUGUCUGCGAGUCUUCCAUGACCGGCUCAUCAACGAAACAGACAAGGAGCUGGUGCAGCAACACAUAAGAACGCUGGUGGUGCACCACUUCCCUGACGACCUGGAGUCAGUGAUGAGGGACCCCAUUCUGUUCGGAGACUUCCGCAUGGCUCUGCAUGAGGAGGAGGCACGCGUCUAUGAGGACAUCCAGGACUACGAGGCGGCCAAGGCUCUGUUCCAGGAGAUCCUGGAAGAGUACAAUGAGAGCAACACCAAGAUGAACCUGGUGCUGUUUGACGAUGCGCUGGAGCACCUGACCAGAGUGCACCGCAUCAUCCGCAUGGACCGUGGUCACGCCCUGCUGGUGGGUGUCGGAGGCUCAGGGAAGCAGUCACUGGCCAGGUUGGCGGCCUACACAGCUGGCUAUGAGGUGUUUGAGAUCAUGCUGAGCCGUGGCUACUGUGAGACCAGCUUCCGGGAGGACCUGAAGAACCUUUACCUGAAGCUGGGGAUCGAGAACAAAACCAUGAUCUUCCUGUUCACCGAUGCGCAGGUGGCCGAGGAGGGCUUCCUGGAGCUCAUCAACAACAUGCUCACCUCAGGCAUGGUCCCUGCGCUGUUCCUCGAGGAGGAGAAGGAGGGCAUCCUCAGCCAAUUGUGCCAGGAGGCCCUGAAGAUGGGCAUGGGGCCUGCCAAGGAGUCUGUGUGGCAGUACUUCGUGAAGAAGAGUGCCAACAACCUGCACAUCGUCCUGGGCAUGUCGCCUGUCGGGGACACCCUGAGGACCUGGUGCAGAAACUUCCCGGGUCUGGUGAAUAACACUGGCAUCGACUGGUUCAUGCCCUGGCCUUCACAGGCACUGCACGCAGUCGCCAAGUCAUUUUUAGGUGACAACGAUCUGAUCCCAGGAGACAGCAUUGAGGACUUGGUGGAGCAUGUGGUUCUGGUUCACGAAUCUGUGGGUGAAUAUAGCAAGCAGUUCCUCCAGAAACUGAGGCGCAGUAACUAUGUGACCCCUAAGAAUUACCUGGAUUUUAUUAACACAUACUCAAAAUUGCUGGAUGAAAAAACUCAGUAUAACAUAGCCCAGUGCAAGCGCCUGGAGGGCGGGCUGGAUAAGCUGAAGGAGGCGUCCAUCCAGCUGGACGAGCUCAACCAGAAGCUGGCUGAGCAGAAGAUCGUGCUGGCCGAAAAGUCCGCCGCCUGUGAGGCCCUGCUGGAGGAGAUUUCCACCAACACAGCCAUAGCUGAGGAGAAGAAGAAGCUGGCGGAGGAGAAGGCCAUAGAGAUCGAGGAGCAGAACAAGAUCAUCGCGGUGGAGAAGACGGAGGCCGAGACAGCCCUGGCUGAAGUCAUGCCCAUCCUGGAGGCAGCCAAGCUAGAGCUGCAGAAGCUGGAUAAGUCAGACGUGACCGAGAUCAGGUCUUUCGCUAAGCCCCCGAAGCAGGUGCAGACAGUGUGCGAGUGCAUCCUCAUCAUAAAGGGCUACAAGGAGCUCAACUGGAAGACAGCCAAGGGCAUGAUGUCUGACCCGAACUUCCUCAGGUCUCUGAUGGAGAUGGACUUCGACUCCGUCACCCAGAGCCAGGUUAAGAACAUCAAAGGCCUCUUGAAGAACCUCAACACCACCAUUGAAGAAAUGGAGGCUGUGAGCAAGGCCGGGCUGGGCAUGCUCAAGUUCGUGGAGGCUGUGAUGGGCUACUGUGAUGUUUUCAGAGAAAUCAAGCCCAAAAGAGAAAAGGUGGCAAGGCUGGAGCGGAAUUUCUACCUAACAAAACGGGAACUAGAAAGGAUCCAGAAUGAGCUGUCUGCAAUUCAGAAAGAGCUGGAAGCUCUGGGUGCCAAGUACGAGGCAGCCAUCCUAGAGAAGCAGAAGCUGCAGGAGGAGGCAGAGGUGAUGGAGCGGCGGCUCAUCGCUGCUGACAAGCUCAUCUCCGGGCUGGGAUCGGAAAACAUCAGGUGGCUCAAGGACCUGGACGAGCUGAUGCACCGGCGGGUGAAGCUGCUGGGCGACUGCCUGCUCUGCGCGGCCUUCCUGAGCUACGAGGGGGCCUUCACCUGGGAGUUCCGGAAGGAGAUGGUGCACGAGGUCUGGCAGAACGACAUCCUGGAGCGGGAGAUCCCGCUGAGCCAGCCCUUCCGCCUGGAGAGCCUGCUCACUGACGACGUGGAGAUCAGCAGGUGGGGGUCCCAGGGGCUGCCCCCCGACGAGCUGUCUGUGCAAAACGGCAUCCUGACGACGCGUGCCAGCCGCUUCCCGCUCUGCAUCGACCCCCAGCAGCAGGCGCUCAACUGGAUCAAGAGGAAGGAGGAGAAAAACAACCUGCGGGUGGCUUCCUUUAACGACCCCGACUUCCUCAAGCAGUUGGAGAUGUCCAUCAAGUAUGGCAGCCCGUUCCUGUUCCACGACGUGGACGAGUACAUCGACCCGGUGAUCGACAACGUCCUGGAGAAGAACGUGAAGGUGUCGCAGGGGCGGCAGUUCAUCAUCCUCGGGGACAAGGAGGUGGACUACGACUCCAACUUCCGCCUCUACCUCAACACCAAGCUGGCCAACCCCCGCUAUUCCCCAUCCGUGUUCGGCAAAGCGAUGGUGAUCAAUUACACCGUCACGUUGAAGGGCCUGGAGGACCAGCUGCUCAGCGUGCUGGUGGCCUUCGAGCGGCGGGAGCUGGAGGAGCAGCGGGAGCACCUCAUCCAGGAGACGAGCGAGAACAAGAACCUGCUGAAGGACCUGGAGGACUCGCUGCUGCGGGAGCUGGCCACGUCCACGGGGAACAUGCUGGACAAUGUGGAGCUGGUGCAGACGCUGGAGGAGACCAAGUCCAAGGCCAUGGAGGUGACAGAGAAGCUGAAGCUGGCGGAGAAGACAGCUAUGGACAUCGACCGGCUGCGGGAUGGCUACCGGCCGGCUGCCCGGCGGGGCGCCAUCCUGUUCUUCGUGCUGUCCGAGAUGGCCCUGGUCAACUCCAUGUACCAGUACUCCCUGACCGCCUUCCUGGAUGUGUUCGCGCUGUCGCUGAAGAAGUCGCUGCCUGAUUCCAUCCUUGCAAAGCGCCUACGCAACAUCAUGGACACCCUGACAUUCAACAUCUACAACUACGGGUGCACAGGGCUGUUCGAGAGGCACAAGCUGCUCUUCUCCUUCAACAUGACCAUCAAGAUUGAGCAGGCCGAGGGCCGGGUCCCGCAAGACCAGCUCGACUUCUUCUUGAAAGGAAACAUCUCCCUGGAGAAAAGCAAGAGGAAGAAGCCAUGCGCUUGGCUGUCUGACCAGGGAUGGGAAGACAUUAUUCUUUUGUCAGAAAUGUUUUCUGAAGAGUUUGGGCAGCUUCCUGACGAUGUGGAGGACAAGCUGACGGUCUGGCAGGAGUGGUAUGACCUGGACUCGCUGGAGCAGUUUCCCUUCCCCCUGGGCUACGAUAAGAACAUCACGCCUUUCCAGAAGCUGCUCAUGCUGCGCUGUUUCCGCGUGGACCGCGUGUACCGGGCAGUGACGGACUACGUGACCAUUGUCAUGGGCGAGAAGUACGUGCAGCCCCCGAUGAUCAGCUUUGAAACCAUCUUUGAGCAGAGCACCCCCAAUUCACCCAUUGUGUUUAUCCUGAGCCCCGGCUCGGACCCCGCCAGUGAUCUGAUGAAGUUGGCCGAACGGACAGGCUUCGGGGGGAACCACCUCAAGUUCCUUGCCAUGGGCCAGGGGCAGGAACGGGUGGCACUGCAGCUGCUGGAGACGGCGGUGGCUCGCGGGCAGUGGCUCAUGCUGCAGAACUGCCACCUCCUGGUCAAGUGGCUGAAGGACCUGGAGAAGUCCCUGGAGAAGAUCACCAAGCCGCACCCCAGCUUCCGCCUGUGGCUCACCACAGACCCCACCAAGGGCUUUCCCAUUGGCAUCCUGCAGAAGUCCCUCAAGGUGGUCACAGAGCCGCCCAAUGGGCUCAAGCUGAACAUGCGGGCCACGUACUUCAAGAUCUCCAACGAGGCGCUGGAGCAAUGCCCGCACACGGCCUUCAAGCCCCUGGUCUACGUGCUGGCCUUCUUCCACGCUGUGGUGCAGGAGAGGAGGAAGUUCGGGAAGAUUGGCUGGAACGUCAGCUACGACUUCAACGAGUCUGACUUCCAGGUGUGCAUGGAAAUUCUGAACACGUACCUGACGAAGGCCUUCCAGCAGCGCGACCCCCGCAUCCCGUGGGGCAGCCUCAAGUACCUUAUCGGGGAGGUCAUGUACGGGGGCCGCGCCAUUGACAGCUUCGACCGCCGCAUCCUGACCACCUACAUGGAUGAGUACCUGGGGGACUUCAUUUUUGAUACUUUCCAGCCAUUCCACUUCUUCCGGAACAAGGAAGUGGACUACAAAAUCCCUGUGGGAGAUGUGAAGGACAAGUUUGUCGAAGCGAUUGAGGCCCUCCCACUUGCUAACACACCUGAGGUGUUUGGUCUGCAUCCCAACGCGGAGAUCGGCUACUACACGCAGGCAGCUCGAGACAUGUGGUCUCACCUGCUGGAGCUGCAGCCGCAGACAGGCGAGUCCAGCUCUGGCAUCAGCCGCGAUGACUACAUCGCCCAGGUGGCCAAGGACAUAGAGAACAAGAUGCCCAAGGUGUUUGAUGUGGACCAGGUCCGGAAGCACUUGGGCCUGGGCAUCUCGCCUACCUCGGUGGUGCUCCUGCAGGAGCUGGGGCGCUUCAACAAGCUGGUGGUGCGCAUGAGCAAGUCCUUGGCCGAGCUCCAGCGGGCCCUGGCCGGGGAGGUUGGAAUGAGCAACGAGUUAGAUGACGUAGCCAGGGCUCUCUUCCUGGGGAGCAUCCCCAACAUCUGGAGAAAACUUGCCCCUGACACCCUGAAGACCCUGGGAAACUGGAUCGUCUACUUCCUGAGGCGCUUCCACCAGUACACGACAUGGGUCACAGAGAACGAGCCGAGCGUCAUGUGGCUCUCCGGGCUGCACAUUCCCGAGUCCUAUCUCACAGCCCUGGUGCAGGCCACCUGCCGGAAGAACGGCUGGCCGCUAGACCGGUCCACCCUGUUUACGCAGGUGACCAAGUUCCAAGAUGCAGAUGAAGUCAAUGAGCGGGCAGGCCAAGGGUGCUUUGUCUCAGGACUGUACCUGGAAGGUGCUGACUGGGACUUAGAGAAAGGCUGUCUUAUCAAGAGCAAGCCCAAGGUGCUGGUGGUGGACCUGCCCAUUCUGAAGAUCAUCCCCAUCGAGGCCCACCGCCUGAAGCUGCAGAACACCUUUCGGACGCCUGUCUACACCACCUCCAUGAGGAGGAACGCCAUGGGGGUCGGCCUGGUUUUUGAAGCCGAUCUCUUUACCACGAGGCACAUUUCUCACUGGGUGCUACAGGGCGUGUGCCUCACCCUGAAUUCUGACUAACCCAGGGUGGAGCGCGCUGCAGGGACUCUGCGCUCCUUAAAGAACAGUCUAGAGGUGGGGGGGGGGGGGAAGGGGGGCUGGCCCAGCUUCCUUUUGUCUGAAA